AUGCCAGAGUUUCUAGCAUCAAUUGAGACAUACAACCCUAAAAUAAUCUUUGUUACAGAAACUUGGUGGCAUGAAUCAUCGAUAACUAACAUUGAAAACUAUAUGUUAUUCAGAAAAGAUCGCGUGUCCAGUAGAGGAGGUAGGGUGGCUAUUUAUGUCGACACUUCAUUAAAACCUAAUGAAGUAAGCGAAAUUGUUUUAUUAGAUUCCCCUGAACAAAUUUGGUGCGAAAUAUCGUACGGUUCCGAACACAUCCUUCUGGGUUGUAUAUACAGGCCACACACGCUAGAUCCACUCGAGAAUAUUGAAGCGUCCAUUAUUAAAGCGAAUGAACUUCUGUCUAAAAUAUACAGCGGCUUGUUGAUUUGUGGAGACUUUAAUUUGCCAGGGAUUAACUGGGAUUUGAGCAGUAUCCCAACUGUCAGCAACACAGAUAUCCUUUCAAGUAAUUUUAUUGACAUCCUCGCCGAGUCGUUUUUGAUACAAUUUGUUACUAAGCCCACUUUUCAACUUGAUGAAAUUACAUCGAACAAUACUCUUGAUCUAAUUAUAGCCGAAAAUGAAAAUCGGGUCCUCGAUAUUAUUCACCAUGCACCUUUAACGUCUCUGAAGAAAUCUCACCACGUCCUUCAAUGGGAUUACGUUGUUAAAAGCGCUGCAGUUGUAGGAAAACACAUUGAAAAACGCGUUUAUCAUAAAAGUAACUUUGUAAAGAUAUCCGAAUAUUUUAACAAUAUCAACUGGCAGAUGGAAUUCAAUGGACACAAUACUGAUGACUGUUAUAACAUUUUCCUGAACCACUACGAGGCUGCAUGCAAAAAUUAUGUCCCAGUGACUAACUUAAAAUGGAUUCGUCGUAGAAGUGAAUGGAUGAAUGAUGACAUCAAAAAUAAAAUAAAAGCUAAAAAUAAACUAUGGUUUCGAUGUAGAGCGAAUGGAUAUAAAAAUCUUAAACUAGUCAACGAAUACAAAGCGUGUAAUAUUCAAUUGAAGAAGCUCAUAUAUAAAGCUCGUUGUGAGUUUGAACUUGAUUUAGCGAUAAAAUCGAAGCACAACCCAAAGAUCCUGUUCAAGUAUGUUAAUAGUAAACAAAAUGUUAGAACUACAAUAACAGUCUUAAAAGGAAUCAAUGGCGACACUAUCACAAAUCAUCACAAAUCAUAUCACUAUCACAAAUCCAAUAGAAAUUGCAAUUCGGCUGAACAAUCACUUUCAAAGUGUUUUCAACAAAAAUGA